CAAGAGGAUUAAGGAAUUGAAUGACAAAUCUUCAUCAUCUUUAUCCAAGAGAAAAGAUACUUUGAAAAAUUCUCUGAAUUUCUUUCUUCCACUAUUGAGGAAAGAUUGCACAAUAUCUAAUUGUACCCCUGAUGAUCUAAAGCAUUUUCUGGUAUGGAAGGAUGAUUUUGGUAAAACACCAGUUCAUAAAAUAAAUUGUACAUUUUUGGGUACUAAAGAAUUAGGAAGUUGUGAAUGCCCAAGACGAUUAGCAGCUGGGACAGUAUCGGUCAUGGUACAAAAUUUGUCGGAGAUCUUUUACGAAAGUGGUCGUGGUAAAUUCUGGGAUGAGAGAAGUGAUGCAGGUAACCCUGCAGCGGCACAUUGCAUCAGACAGUAUGUGAAACUCAUUCAAGAGGAACAAGCGGCAGCACAUGUAGUUCCUAAGCAGGCAAAGCCAAUUUUUCUGGGUAAAAUAAAAAGAAUUGCCUCGUAUAUAGAUAAUGAAUUGGGUAGGGUUGAUAUUUCAUUGAAGGAAAGAUAUGUGCUCCUUAGAGAUCAGGCUUGGAUGAAAUUACAGUUCUUUGGGGGAAAUAGGGCAAAUGACUUGGCAAUGCUUGUAGGACAGGAGGUAAAGAGAUUGGAUGACAAUUCUGGUUUAGUAAUAAAACAGACAUUUGGGAAAACUUUAAGAGGAAAUAAACAUAAAUGUCAUGUUUUUGUUAUUACGAAAUGCAGAGACAAGACUGUUUGUCCAGUAAUUGGUUUGCACAUGUGCACAUAUGUUCAAGGUUGUAAAAGAAUGGGUGUGGAUCUUGCAAAUGGUUUUCUUUUUCGAGUUGUUUUAGAGAAUGGUAGAGUCAUAGGUGAUAGAGUGACAUAUUCAGUAAUGUAUGAAAGACUAAUUCGGUAUCUUACCUUGUUAGGAAUAUAUGAGGGUGAGACUCCUCAUAGUUUUCGAGCCGGGUGUGCAGUGACUCUGGCCUUAUCUGGUUCAGUUACAAAUGUAAGACAAAUGAUGAACCAUGUGGGAUGGUAUGGAGAGGGAACAGCAGAAUAUUAUAGUAGAUUGCAAGCUUUAGUAGAAUCUGAUUAUAUCGCAGGUAGAUUAGCAGACAGUGCAGGUCAAUGUGAUUUUGUGGAAGAUCAGUUCCAACAAUAUGGGGAUUUUAAUAUUUUACAGAAAGCUUUUCAUUAACGAUAAGGCCUUUAGAAUGUCGAUAAAAUUUAGGGAAUAAGAAAGAUCCUUUAAUUAUCAUCUACAUCAUAUUAGGAUUUUGUAGGACUGUUUGUUUUGUAAAUAGCAGUGACGGUUAAUUUGUUGUUAACUAACAUUUUGUAGAUAUGUAACAGCUGUAUAACUUAUGACAGUGAUAAGUUUAAAGAAUGUCAAAUCUAAAAUUUGAAAAUAAUAAAUAUAAUGUUUUUUAAACAA